AUGAAAAAACAACUUAUUGCCUUAGUCAUAAUUGGAGUAAUCAAUCUCGUCUAUAGCUAAGGGUCAUCACUUGAAAAUAUGACAGAUCUUAGUACUCUAUAAUCUAUAAAAAUGAGUCAGUUAGAGAGAGAUGAUAGCAUAUUGCAAAAAAUUAUCAGGAAAGAUCUUUCUAAAAUCAAGAAAAAUGGAAGGGAAUUGGAAGUAAAACAGCCAUCGAAAGAAAGUAUUUAUCAAUAAGUUGAAGAAGCCUAAAUUUAAGAAUCAAAUUUUAGAGACACAUCUUAAUAGCUUCAAUAAGCUUCUCCAUCAGAACAGAAAAUUUGUGGAAAGAGAAGAUGUGCUAAUGAUUCUGAAUGUCCAAAUGAUAUGUACUGUACUGUAGAUUUGCUUUGCUCCUUCAAAAACGUCUCAGAUUCAAAUUCUUAACUUAAUGAGCAUGCUCUUUAUUGA